AUGGAACGUGUCACAGGUGUGCUUAACGACGCUGCAGAAAAGACAAAGCAUGCCGCUGAGGCAGCCGUGGAGGGGACCAAAGAGAGCGGCGCAAGGAUGAAUUCAAAGAUGAAGGAAAUAAUGGAUGUCGAGAAGGAAAAGGCUGCCCUAAGGGAGGGCACCGAGAAGCUCAAGGGUUACACUGGGGGGGUACUCAACUGGCUAAAACAGUUGGUGGGGAUGAAAGUGGAGAAGGUGGAGAAGGUGGAGGUGGUGAAGAAGGCGGCAGUGCCUCCGGGAAAGCCGGCUGUCGCCAAGCAGGAAAGUGUCGCUCCGAAGCAAGAGGUCCGGGCUGUUGCACCGCAGAGGUGGUACAUUGUUGCAGGCAUUGCGGUUUUGGUCGCGGUGGGCGUCUCCGGUUGCGUGCUAUGUAUGAAGGCGCGAAAGAAGAGGGAGAAGCAGGACGGCAACGAAGAACCGCAGAAGCCUAAACCUUCGGCCUGA